UCUCUCCCAAUCCCUCCGAAUCAACCCUACCAAACACACCGGGUUUUGGAAAAUUUCUGAUCUACCAGACGAUGGAGGUCUCAAAUCAGUCAAAACAUAUGAAGAAGAACCAAACUCCAGAGGGCAAGUUUCGCCACAUACUCGAUCUCUGCUCCAAGAACAAAGAUCUCUCUGGAGCGAUUUCUCUAUACGAAUCCUCGAUUUCGCAGAAGAUUCGCCUGAGUCACCACCACUUCAAUGCCCUCCUCUACAUCUGCUCCAAUUCUGUGACAGACUCUUCGUCCAAGAACUUGGCGUUCGAUUAUGGCUUUCGCAUAUUCAAUCACAUGUUGUCGGACAAUAUCAGCCUCACGGAGGCCACCAUAACGGCGGUUGCAAGGAUCGCCGCCGCGGGAGGCGACGGCGAUUUGGCAUUUGAUUUGGUGAAAACUAUGGGGACGAAGUACACGCUUUUGCCGAGACUGCGAUCGUACGAUCCAGCAUUGUUCUGUUUCUGUAAGAAUUCGGAUGCUGAUAAGGCAUAUUCCGUUGAGGAACACAUGCUCUCGAAUGGUUUGCAACCGGAGGAACCAGAACUGGCGGCGCUGCUGAAGGUGAGUGUUGAAAACCGGAGGGAACAGAAGGUUUAUGCCUAUCUACAUAAGCUAAGAGGGUCUGUGAGGUGUGUUAGUGAGUCGACAAUGGAGAUUAUUGAGGAGUGGUUUGUAGGUACAGCGGCUUCUGAGGUGGGAAUGUUGAAUGGGGAUGAGGACCGAGUUAAAGAAGCAAUUUUAAGUAAUGGAGGCGGUUGGCAUGGCCUCGGGUGGCUUGGGAAGGGUGAAUGGGUUUUGCGUAGAACAAAAGUUGAUUUGGAUGGUCGGUGUUCCUCUUGUGCUGAGCAAUUGGUUUGUGUUGAUAUCAAUAGAGGAGAGACAGAGAAAUUUGCGCAGUCUGUGGCGUCCUUGGCUAUGGAAAGGGAAGUCCAGUCAAAUUUCAGGGAUUUUCAGGACUUGCUGGACAAACAUGCUGAAUAUGAAGCUGUAGUGGAUGGAGCUAAUAUUGGGCUCUAUCAACAGAAUUUUGCAGAUGGUGGAUUUAGUGUUUCUCAGCUUGAAGCUGUUGUGAAAGAACUGUAUGAGAGGAACAACAAAUGGCCUCUUGUUAUCUUGCAUAAUAAACGUAUUCGGUCACUUCUUGAAAGUGCUUCUAAUCGAGAGUUGCUUGAGGAGUGGAUGGUUCAAGGAGUGCUGUAUGGAACUCCAUAUGGAUCCAAUGAUGAUUGGUACUGGCUUUAUGCUGCUGUAAAACUUAAGUGUUUCCUUGUGACGAAUGAUGAAAUGCGAGAUCACAUUUUUGAACUCGUAGGUAGCAGCUUUUUUCUUAAGUGGAAAGAAAGACAUCAAAUUCGAUAUACUUUCAUAAAAGGUGACCUGAAACUUCAGAUGCCGCCCUCAUAUUCUCUUGUCAUCCAGGAAUCAGAGAAGGGUACGUGGCAUGUCCCCCUAGCAGGUGAAUGCAGUGAUGAAUCACCAAGAAGGUGGCUCUGCAUCACCAGGCCAAGUUCUCGUGGAGCUUCUGGUGAAGCGUCUGGAAAUGUAAAAGCUUCUGAAACUGGCCAGCUAACCUGCAAUCAUAGAAUAUUGAACUCAUGCAAGUCAGAGAGUACUAAAAGUGAUCAGGGUGUCAACGGCAGUUCAGAUUCUUUCGAGAGUCAUGUUAACACUAUGACAGUCGUGGCAAGAAAAAGGAAAGAUAGGUCUCCAUCUCCCUCCAGUCCCGAUCCUUAGCCUUGCUAAUGGUAUUUCAGGAAUUGUUUGCUUCAUGCAUGGAUGGCAUUGUGGCCAGUAUUUAUAUAGAGAUGUUCUUGAUUGAGGUGGAUUUACAUGAUGAUCAACCACGGCUUUGUAAGUUUUAUUAUAAAGUUUCCAUACUUCCGCAGUUCUUCAACUGGUCCUAUUCGGCAGGCUUUGUACGUUUAUGAAAGUUUCCAUACUUGCACGGUUCUUCAACUGGUCAUAUUCAGUGUGCGCCCCAAACGAUAGAUGAACUGCUUCAUCUCCCCAAGGAACCCAUAAGAUGUCUGUUUCUCAAUUUUUGUUUUGUUUUUGAUUUUUUCCACCGCAUCUGUUACUUUGUUGUAUGAAUUUAUUUAUUUUAGUUAGUUAUCGAAAUGCUGAUGAGUAAAUAAAUUAUUGUUUCUAAUUCUUUAAGGUAUUUUAACAUA